UGAUAGAGUUAUCAUAAUCGAUAACUUCAACUUUGUGAAAUUCCAGCUGAUCCUGGUUAAAGAUCUAAAAUAUAAUAACGAAUGGUUAUUUAGUGGUGCAUUGCCUUUUAUCUGUGUUGCUUUCGGAUUUUUUUUUCUUAUGACAACAAUCGGAACACUAUGUGAUAUAUUUGUGCUCCAAAAACAUAUAUGUAUAAAGAAAAAUGAGAUAAAUAAAACUAAUAAUGACGGCAUUGAAAACAUAUUCGAGGGCCUGAAAAGAGAAACAGAAGUAAAUUCGUUUAGUGUUCGGGAAAGUAAAAUUGAUAAAAUACUCAUAUGUUUCUCCGCUUACACAAAUACGAGAAAAAUAUUUAGCACGAAAUUAGAUGCCGGCACAAUACCCGUUAUUUAUGGUUUAAAAUUCCUAAGCAUGUGUGGCAUAAUUAUGUUGCACGGUGUAUAUUAUGUAAUGGAUUCUACUGACAAUAAAAUAUGGAUGGUAAGACUCUUGGAGAGUUAUGCUUAUUUCCAUGACAUUGCAAUUAUGGCAGUCGAUAUUUUCUUUUUUUCAAGCGGAUGUUUGGUGACCUAUUUGUAUUUGCAAGAUAAAACAAACGAAAGGUUAAUUAAGCCGAUUAAUUGCAGAGACAAACUAAUUGAAUUCUUUAUCUACAUAAUCAAAAGAUUUAUUCGAUUGACACCGGCUUAUAUGAUGGUAUUAGGAAUAUCACAAUUGAGCUCAGCUUGGUUUGAUAAAACUUCGCAAUUUUACAUGAAUGAAAGGUCGCACGAAACUUGCGCGAAGUAUUGGUGGAGAAAUUUUCUGUACAUAAAUAAUUUCUUUGGUGUCGAUUCAAUGUGCAUGGUUUGGAGCUGGUAUCUAGCUACUGAUAUGCAAUUUUAUAUAAUUGCGAUGACGCUGUUAAUUUAG